AUGUUGGCCAUGGGGUGUUCAUUUAAAAAGACUCAACAGUGUAUAAUGACAGUGGUGAAUGCAUCACCUGUGGUUCUACUAUGUCUCAUAUUCACAUGGAGCUACUGGGCAUUCAACUUUAGCUUAUCAAUGGGCCUUUUAAAGGAAGGACAUACAUUACAAGGGUCGCUGUACAUACUAUGCUAUCAUCCCAUCUUUAUCCUCUGCAUGUGGAGUUAUUGGGUGGUUUGCAGAACAUCGCCUGGGUUUACAUUGGAUAUGCAGAAAAAGAGGAGUGAACAAGAAGAAGAUACCGUAGGGCUUUUGGCUUAUGAUCACAAUAACAAAGAUAUGAUUGCCAUGCAAGACCAAGAACAACGAAGCCCUGUCCCGAUCACCGUGAAACGAGAUGGAAAUAGACGAUACUGUCAGAAAUGCAAAUUAGAGAAAUUUGAUAGAACACAUCACUGUCGCCAAUGUGGAAAAUGUGUGCUCAAGAUGGAUCAUCAUUGUCCUUGGAUCAACAAUUGCGUAGGAUUUCAAAACUACAAGGCAUUUUACUUGUUUCUAGUAUAUGCAUCCGCCUACUGCGUUUUCGUAUUUGCAACCACACUACCACCCACCAUCAUUCAAGUCAACGGCCCAAUGAGCAUUUUGGGCCUCAAUGUAAAUUGGGGAUUACUGAUAUUCAUCUCUGGUAUUUUUGGAUUGUUUUUGUUGCCUUUCACUAUCUUCCAUACGAGACAACUAUGCAAGAAUAGAUCCACCAUCGAGUAUUACGAAAAGGCAAACUAUCGCAUGGGAAGAGGAUCGAGUCGGGAUAUCAUGAGAAGCAAAUACUUUAAUCCAUGGGACAUUGGCACACGAAAGAAUAUUGAUCAAGUGCUCGGUAAGGGAUCCUUAUGGCAGAAACUGAUGCCAGUGGGUAAGCCGUUGGGAGAUGGAUCAUCCUUUCCAAUCAACUCUUACGCAUACGAUACAUUGGGCGCAGAUGAUGUCCAGGAAGAAUUUUAG